UUUUCAUCCAUAAAUAGAAACUCUCUCCUUCAUCUUCCUCUUCCUCUUCUUUUUCCUCUUCUUCCUCCUCCUCUUCCUUCAUCUUCUCCUCUAUUCCUUGUUCAUAUAUUUUCUAUAAGUAAUUUGAAUUGUUGCUUUUUUUAUGUAGAAAUAAAAAUUCUCUUCUUCCUCCCUCCUUCCUCUUCCUCUUCUUCUUCUUCCUCUUCCUCUCCUUCUUCUUCCUCCUCCUCCUCCUCCUCCUCCUCCUCCUCCUCUUCCUUCUUCAUCUCCUCUAUCUCUUAUUCAUCAUUCAUGCCAAAGAAAAGUGCAAAUUUAACCCAUCCCAUCCAAAUACUUACUUACUUCAUCAAUUUUAAACCAAUGAAAUGA